AUGAAGGAUGACUCCAUUAAUUUUAUUGUUGUUGUAGGAGAGAAGGCUUUCUGUGCAGGAGGUGAUAUAAGAGCUGUUACAGAUGCCGGUAAAGUGGGUGCUCCAUUAGCCAAGAAUUUCUUUAUUCAUGAAUAUCAAUUGAAUUAUCUCACAGGGACUCUUAGUAAACCAUAUGUGGCCAUCAUUGAUGGAAUUACAAUGGGAGGGUUAGGUGUAGGAAUAUCAGUACAUUCUCCAUUUAGAGUAGCUACUGAAACGACUACUUUUGCAAUGCCAGAAACAGCAAUUGGUUUGUUUCCUGAUGUUGGUGGUGGAUAUUUCUUACCUCAACUACAAGCAUUGGGGAUGUUCCUAUCACUUACAGAUGUUUCCGUCAUGACAGUGUUUGAAGAUAUUUUGAUAGCUCUUCAGCAAGAUGGCUCAGAAUGGGCUCUAAAGCAAUUACAAUUGUUAAACAAAAUGUCUCCUAGUUCUUCUAAAGUUACUCAUCGACAAGUCAAAGAAGGAAAGGAAAGAACAUUUGAAGAGUGUUUGAUGAUAGAGUAUCGCCUUAGCCAGAGAUGCAUGGCAGCAAAAGAUUUCUAUGAAGGAGUGAGAGCAGUAUUAAUAGAUAAGGAUAAUGAUCCAAAAUGGGACCCUCCCACUUUAGACCAGGUUACUAAUGAAAUUCUAGACCACUAUUUUUCUCCUCUUACUGCUGAUGAAGGUCCAGAAUUAUAUUGCAAGACGAAGGAUAAGAAGUCGAGGAUAACUUUUUACUUACCACAGCAAGCAAAAGCAACUAGUGGAGACUUCUACAAAGAACAAGUGUUUCUCAUCUUUGAGAUUGUUUCACCAGCAUUUGGAGGAUACUUUGAAAAAGAUUUUGAAGCUUAUCUUGUCCUUCAAGAUAUGGAUGUUCUCCUCACUGCAACCAGAAAAUUUGUUGAUGAAGAUCAUGUUGUGUAUUCAGAUCAAUCAACUCAAAUUGCUGAAUAUCUUGAUGACAUGAUGAUACUAGUAUCGAGAUCAGAAGAGAAGGACACCCUCGUUAACGUUAUCUACAGUUUCCACAAACAGUUCAUUGGUUCUAAAGAAUCAGUGCAUGAGCCCGACAAAAUCUGA